GUGUGUGUCGAGACGCGAGUACUGCGCCGCGUGCUAGCCUGUGCAAACCGGUUUGUAACGGAAAAGCUGCGCGCGCACGGACGAGAAUAGCCCAGCUGGCGCAGGUCGAUAAGUGUCGCUUGUGGAACCGUCGGCCUGGCGAAGGCCUUAACUGCACAAACUCAGUUUGCACGGCGAAGCUCUCGAGUGUGAAGGCGAUAAACGUUAGCGAAGUUGCUUCCAUUACCAUUGCAGUUACCGAAGACUUUUUUGCGUAUGUUUAAAAAUGACGGACGUGCGUUGUUAUCCUAAGGCAUUUAUAACAGAAUUUAUUGAACUGUACAAAUCUCUACCUUGCCUUUGGAAGGUAAAAUCGAAAGAAUACAACGACCGAAAUAAGAAAAACUUGGCAUAUCGUAAAAUGGUUGCCAAAUUGAAGGAGAUGGAUCCUAGCGCAGACAGGGAUUCAGUAAUAAAGAAAAUCAACUCACUCCGGAGUUCUUAUCGCAAGGAAAAGAGGAAAACAAACGAGUCGAUGAUGUCUGGCGCAGGCGAGGAUGACGUGCACAUUCCCAGGCUUUGGUACUACCAUCUACUUCAAUUCCUAGAUGGCGAAGAAACGCAGCAUGGAAUGACAGUAUCAAAUUACGAGGAAUCAGUGUCACAGGAAUUUAUAACUGAGCAAAGUGUUGAAAGUGUCCAAGAAACCGUUAGCGAAGAUGAUGUCAUUGAGGAAGGAAAUACUGUGUUUAUAGGAAAUGAGAACAGAGAUCAUUGGUACACAUCACGAGUUAGCGCUUCUGACUAUGUACCACAAGCGAAGAAAAGAAAAUAUGAAACAGAGGAAUGCAAAGAGAGAAACGAUGCUGCAUAUACCACACAGUACGAAAGGUACGUUGGUGAGGCAGACGAAUGCGACCUGUAUGGCCAACUGAUUGCAACAAAGUUAAAAAAGAUGGACGAAAGGAGUAGAGAUAUUGCAAUGAAUAGAAUCGACAAUCUCCUCUUUGAAAUGAAGAUGAAGUUAAACGAUCAAUCUUAAUAGUGACAAAGAGCUAUAUUCAUCCAAAUAUCAGAUUUCCCGCUACAUCUGUCCACUCACAUCAGGGAAGUUCAUCUCCACUAUGUUAUGCAGUAUUAUUUUCAACUUACAAAAUAGAAGAUUUACUACUAUAGGUCAUUAAAUUAUGCGAGCGCCCCCCCCCCCCCCCCGCGCGCGCUCUCUGAAAUUCUAAUUUCCAUUCACCUUUAGGUUACUGGUGACUAAUUUUCUAUCAGAUAAUUUCAGAGGAUGGAUAAAGAGUGAAAUCAAUCGUGCAUAAAGUAUGAGUUUUUAAUGAAAGUAAGUGAAAAAUUCAUUUAGUGAUGCAUUAUGUUAUCUUUUUUGAAAGUGUAUUUUGGAAAUGUAACAGCUACUAGAAAUCUCAAAUUGCAUAUCCUUUCGCCAUUUUGGCUAAAAUGAAGAUUCUUAUGCACUUACAUUUUGCACACUGCUUUUAGUUCCUGAAUUUCAUAAAUUGUAUGAAAAAUAAUUGUUUUAUAGAUGAAAAAGACUGAAAAUGUUGUUAUAUGUAUGUUGGUUAUUAUCUGUACAUUGAUAUAGACUGUAAUGUAUUAAAGUUGCAAUAAAAUGAUCUCAAACUUU